AUGAGGCUCCUAAAUCGCGGAUUUGGUCGCGAUUAUCAUGUUAUUGAGCUAAGGAAGUACCGGCAGGAUUUCAUGCUGCGGCAGGACACAAGCAGCACCCAUGACCCUAGACUUCCCCUAAUAACCGGAAGCAAAUCCGUUUUCGGUGAUGACGGCGACGGCGGACAUGACGAGGAGCUCGUUCGGCGCCGCGCCAUCGGCGCCGUGCUGGGAGCUCUGGUCGCUGACGCGGCGACUAUGGGCCUUCACUGGAUUUACGACUUGGAGAAAAUCCGUGAGCUGGUUUCGGAGCAAGGCCGGUCGGAGGAGCCUGCGUUCUUCCAACCGCCCUCCUGUCCGUAUUAUCAGUACGAAAGCGGCUCGUUGUCGCCGUACGGCGACGAGCUGCUGCCGGUGUUGCAGUACAUGACCAUCGGGCCCGGCAGUCAUCGAGAUGGAACUUUAGAUGGCCCGGGAUUCGCUCAGUACCUUGCCGAGUACUAUGCCAAUUACACGGGUCGUCUGAAUAAGAGCAGUCGGGCCAUGAUGGAGGCCCUGCUGCAGGGUGGUCACGGCUGGCCCGAGUGUGGUGACCCACGGGACACCCAGGCUAACAACUUCGUCAAGGUGGUCCCCCUGGUAGCCCGGUACGCGGGUCAGCCCGGGCGGCUGGUCGGGGCGGUGGACGCGGCGGUGCGCGCGCAGCAGAACAACGACGAGGCGGUGAUGUACGCCCUGGUGGCGGCGCUGGUUCUGGAGCGUGUCGUACUGGGCUCCAGCAUCUCCGACGCGACGCAGUGGGCGGCUGAUGGCGCCCCCGGUAGCGGGGUGGCCCUCUCCCGUUCAGCUCUGGAAGCUCUGAGAGCAGUCGUACGACACCACCACAGCGGUACGGCACUUCGAGACCUGCUGUACGCUCCUGGCUCCAGCAGCCAGGCAGGCAGCUGGGGUCCCUCGUGUGCUAACCCGGGGGCGCUGCAGGGCGCCCUGCUGGGAGCGCUGCAGGCCUCCCCCCUGGUCCGGUCUCGGAGCAGCGACUCCCUAAUGAGUGGUGGAGGUGGAGGUGGUGAUGACACGGCCUUCGCCCGGGGUGUGCGAGCCAACCUGCUACUGGGGGGGGACAACUGCAGCCGGGGCAUACUUCUGGGCGCGCUGCUCGGGGCGGAGGCCGGUCUCGGAGCCAUCCCGUUCUCCUGGCGGGCUCAGACCCGAGUGUACGACACCAGUGAAGUGUUGGUGGAGCACCUGAUGGAGCUUAGGGGGGCGGGAGGCCCGGGGGGCCCUCGGCAGAGUUGA